AUUUGAAGGAAUGAAUAAUUUGCGGAACUUGUUCAAUAUCCGAAUCGUUAUCUGAAUUGCGCUCUAUUUAGAUCGAUGGAAUUUUUGCUGGGUUGAAUGAUCAGAAACUGCUUGCCCUCUGAAGACUAUUGACCGAAGACGUCGAAGAUGUCUAGUGCACCGUCCGUCAUAUAUGGCAUGACUUUACCUGUGAGUCUACAAGGCCCUCGCGACACAGACAUCUUGCGGACAGCCGAACUGGAAGCGUGUUUGCGAGCGGAUAGUCAUGGAAUUUUCGACACGGACGAAGGAUUAAAUCAACGAAUGGAAGUUUUGAGUGAGCUGAACCUACUCGUCACAAAAUGGGUUCGCUCUGUUUCCCGCGCGAAGAACCUGCCUCCCCAAUCCGUGGAUUCCGCUUGCGGCAAGAUUUAUACCUUUGGCUCUUUCCGUUUGGGGAUACAUACUCGUGGAGCGGAUAUUGAUACGUUAUGUAUAGCCCCACGACACGUAGAUCGCUCAGAUUUUUUCUCGUCCUUCGUUGAGCUACUGAGAGAGAACUCGGACAUCACUGCUAUCCGCGUUGUAGAAGACGCUUAUGUUCCUGUUAUCAAAAUGAACCUGAAAGGCAUCGAAUUGGACAUGUUAUUCGCUCGUCUUGCCCUGAAAGAUAUACCCGAUGACCUGGAGCUGGGUGACAACAAUUUGUUGAAAAACUUGGACCCUCGAUGUGUAAGAAGCUUGAAUGGUUGUAGAGUAACUGACGAAAUCUUACGUCUUGUUCCUGAUUGCGAAACGUUCCGGUUGACGUUACGUGCCGUGCGCCUUUGGGCGAAACGAAGAGGUAUUUACAGUAACGUACUCGGGUACCUGGGAGGAGUCUCUUGGGCCAUGCUUGUCGCGCGAACGUGUCAGUUGUACCCGAAUGCAGCACCAUCGACGCUAGUAUACAAGUUUUUCUUAGUUUUUUCUAAUUGGGAAUGGCCGAAGCCUGUCGUGCUGAGGCAACCGGACCAAACUAAGUUAGGUUUCCCGAUCUGGGACCCGCGCUUGAACGUGUCGGAUCGGUACCAUUUAAUGCCCAUCAUCACCCCCGCUUAUCCCCAGCAAAACUCAACUUUCAAUGUCACCACAUCGACACGGUCCAUCAUGAUGGAAGCGUUCAAGAGUGGGCUACAAAUAACCGAUGAAAUAAUUCACGGACGGGCAUCGUGGGAACGACUCUUCGAUCCAAUAAAGUUUUUCAACAUGUACAAACACCUGAUCGUGGUGACAGCGCUAUGUCGAAAUGAAGAAGAACUUCUAGAUUGGCAGGGCCUUGUUGAAAGUAGGAUCAGGCAUUUAGUUUCAAGUUUGGAACGGAUAUCGGUCAUCAGUUUGGCUCACGUGUACCCGAGAACUUAUCCCUCAAGAGACCCCGAAACGCUGAACCGCGCCACACACUGGUUUAUAGGACUGGAGUUUCAGAAAGACAGCGUCAGCCUGGAUCUGUCGUCGGAAACGCACACUUUCCAAGAAGCGGUCGAACGGCAUGGAAUGACCACACGGAUAUUCAAGGAGGGCAUGGAAGUUCAGGUCAACUACGUUCGUAGAAAGAACCUGAGCGCCUAUUUACCGCCAGAAGACGUUCCACAACCGCGUAAAUCCGCAUCGUCGUCGUCAUCUCGACUGCAACCCAUCCCCCCGAAACCCGAGGACGGCGAGUCGGUGUCAUGCGACGGGUUUUCCGAACGGGUCAACGGGGACGCCGCUUCGUCGGCAACGGCGGCUGCGGACGUGUCGACGUCUUCCUCGCCGCUGACGAUCGGCGUCAAGCGUGUGGCGUCGUCGGAUCAGUCGAGCAGCGGAGAAGAGCCACCUGGCAGUGACACUGGUGGCUCCAACGACAGUGGCGAACGGUCGGCGUGGAAGCGGAUCCGAGCUGCGGCGGAACUCGUGCUCAGUCCCGUGCCGGAAGCGACUAAGCCGGAACCAGAUCCGGAACCUGAACUCGAGGUUGUGUCUGUGGUGGACGACGACGAUCUGGAGAUCACGUAUGAAAAAACCGUUUGCGCCGGCAAUGCGAAUCUCGUUGGUCUCUUGCCCAGAGGAACACAAAUUGGGGAUCUUCGAGGCAGCCUAUGAGAAAUAGUAUUGUAUUUUGUAUUGUCCGUUGUUCGUCCUUGGUGCUCAUCUUGGUCACUGGUGUUUUGACUGGUCUCCGGCAACACACAGGCGGCAGGGAUUUCACACAAAUGGCUGCGUCCGUCCGUCGCUCCGGUGCGUCCCCCCUCUGGUCCCCCUACCAUAAAACACGACGUUAGAGUUGCGAAACAAGAAGUUCCCUCUCCUCACCUUUUUUCCCCAUACAUUUCGCUUUUUUCAUGUUUCUUAAAACUCUUGCACUUGUUUUUGUUUUGUUUGUGACACUUUCGUUGCUGCAUGCCUUUUGUUUUUUGUCGUCGGAACUUUUUUUCUCUAAUAUUUCUGUGAUCCAAGUUUCCUUUCGCAGCUGAUGGGAUGGGAAAUUUAAUUUGUGGCUAGAGACGAAGUCUUCGGACGCCUUCGGAAGAGGACUGACACGCACUUGUGGAGCCGACCGGCGACGUUCUCCACGCUGCUGACGAUGUAUAUAUCGGCGAAGCGAUGUUUAGAAACUGAAAGAAAGAAAAAGAAAGAGUUGCUUCGACCACCUUUUUUAUACGGAAGAUGUUUUUUGUGCGGGCUGCAGUCAGCUAGAGAGAUGCGUUUAUUGUUGACCCUUUUUUUAAAAACGGUUCGCUCCGUUUGAUUCAGUGGCGGGUAUCGAGAGCAACCGUUUGAUCUCUGCCUUCUUCCUCCUCUUCUUUCUUCCUCUCUGCCUUUCUCGGAGAGUUUCCUUUUGUGUAACGUUUGAUUUUUUUGUAAAACUUUUGUGGGGGGCGUUUCGAAGCGGGGGAGAAAAUCUCGAAGCGAGAUUUUUUCUUCCGCACAUCUUUGUUGUAUUUGAUGUGUACGGUAUUUUUGACCUGGAUGACGACGCACGGGAAUGAAAUAAAGGAGCUUUUUUCCGCUCAA